AUGCGUCGUGCCGCCCUCCAGACGUGCCGCGCCGUGCGCCGCCCGGGCCUUCGCAGAGCCGCCCGCACGCCCGGAACUCUCGUCAGCUCGCGAGCUUUCAGCAGCCGACAGCGAUCAAGCCACCAAAUCCUUCAAUCCUCGAUGCAAUUCCGCGGCCUCUCCUACGCUCUCGUGUCGACCGCUGUCGCUACCGGCGCCUGGUUCGCCUAUCGCGGUGACAGCGGUCCCUCACACACUAGCUCCCCCGCCGCCUCGGUGUCGGUUUCCGGACAGCAGACCAGAGGCUUGUCUGCAUCAAGCGUCUAUACCAACGCCGCAGACACCGGCGGACCUACCUCUGAUAAGGCUCCCGACGGAGGCAACAAAGUGCUGGUCAUACACGACGGACAGGUCUGGACCGGCACCUUGCCGGCCGACGCGCCUUUGUCCAAGGAGACGGACGACUACGGACGCAAGGUUGUCGAGAUGCUGACGCCGGAACAAGCCACCCAGAAACUGAGGAGGAACGAGGAGUCCUGGCUUGUUGGCCGGGGCAAGGGCGUGGUUCGCUACGACGUCGUGCAGAUCCCCAGCAACGAUCCCAUCGAGGACGAUCACGCCGAGAAGAUCAUUGAGGUGCCCCAGAGCGUUGCGUCGACCGACGACGGCUCUUCCAACAGUGAUUGGAUGUUCUGGGGUGUUUUCGAUGGCCACAGCGGCUGGAUUACCUCGGCGAAGUUGCGCAACUCUCUCAUCUCCUUCGUUGCCCGUGAGCUCAACGCCACGUACAAGUCGGCCCUGACAGACCCGUCUGUCAAGCUCCCCACUGCGGAUUCUAUCGAUAAGGCGAUCAAGACUGGCUUCCUGCGUCUGGAUAACGAGAUUUGCCAUGAGUCAGUGCAAAAAGUCAUGAAGGCGCAGUCAAAGCGCGUGGCUGCUGAACUGCUCGCUCCUGCGUUGGCCGGUUCGUGCGGUCUGUUGUCUUUCUACGACAGCAACUCAAAGCUCCUAAGGGUAGCCUGUACCGGAGAUUCCCGCGCCGUUCUUGGCCGGAGAGGCUCGAACGGCAAGUGGACGGCCACUGCUCUGUCCCAGGAUCAGACUGGCGGCACCCCCGAAGAGGCAGCUCGUCUGCGAAAGGAGCACCCCGGUGAACCCGAUGUGACCAGAAACGGUCGCAUCUUGGGUGGCCUUGAGCCUUCGAGAGCAUUCGGUGACGCCGUCUACAAGUGGAGCAUUGAGACCCAAAGGAUCCUCAAGGAAUACUACUUCGGUCGCAAUUCCCCUGCGCUGCUCAAGACGCCGCCGUACGUCACGGCCGAGCCCAUCAUCACCACAACCAAGGUCCAGCCUGAAAAGGGAGACUUUGUUGUGAUGGCCACGGAUGGUCUCUGGGAGAUGCUGACCAACGAGGAAGUUGUUGGCCUUGUCGGCCAGUGGCUCGAAUCACAGGCCGAGGGUAAGAACAGCCAGAGCAACACGAACGCUUGGCUCAAGAGUUGGUUCAGCCAGCAGAAAGGCCUACCGAUCGAGAAGGACGGCGCUCAGCAGGACAUGAGCGGCCAGCGGGCUCCUAUUAGACAGCGACAGUGGGGCGUGACGGGCUCUGAGACCGAAAGGUUCACCGUGCAAGAUAAGAACGCCGCAACGCAUCUUGUGCGCAACGCUCUUGGUGGAAAGAACCAGGACCAACUUUGCGCGUUGCUAACGCUGCCGAGUCCUUUCUCCCGCCGCUACAGGGACGAUCUCACGGUCGAAGUCAUUUUCUUCGGCGAAGGCGAGAACACAGGAAAUGUGGCGCUGAACAAGGAGGCCAGCGCAUCGACAGAUGUGAAGCCGAAGCUGUGA